AUAUGAUACUUCACAUCUCUCUCACUGCAGUAGAAUGUCUGUCAGAAUAGAAUACCAAGCAGGAGAGACAGUUGUGACCUACACAAGAAUUAUGGACCUAGAAUUCCGCUAGAAGAAGCCAAUUUAAAACAAGAGGAAGAUUGUGUAUUUUUACAUAAGUUAACCUCUCCUUAAUGAUCAUGGCGCUGAAGAUGCUGACAGCUGCCAGUUGCUUUGUGAAGGCCAUGUUGCGACCUUCUCCUCUCUGCCAUUCUUGGGAGAUUUUAUUUGGCCGUGAGACCUCACCGAGGAGCUUCUCUUUUAAACACGGUAUUCCUCCAUCAGCCAAGUAUGGUGGGCGACACAACUAUGGAGCGACUAUGAUUCCUGGGGAUGGCAUCGGGCCUGAACUUAUGCUGCAUGUUAAGACUGUGUUCAGACAUGCAUGUGUGCCUGUGGACUUCGAGGAGGUGAUAGUUAACUCCACUUCUGGUGAAGAGGACGUUCACAAUGCCAUCAUGGCAGUCCGUCGAAACUGCGUGGCCUUGAAGGGCAACAUCGAAACUGACCACAACCUGCCACCGUCUCACAAAUCCCGCAACAAUAUGUUUCGCACCACGCUGGAUCUCUAUGCCAACGUUAUCCAUUUUAAGAGUCUGCCAGGAGUGGAGACAAGGCACAAGGAUGUUGACAUCUUAGUUGUUCGGGAAAACACAGAGGGUGAAUACAGCAACCUGGAGCAUGAGAGUGUGAAAGGAGUGAUCGAGAGCCUGAAGAUCAUUACCAAGGCCAGGUCUUUGCGCAUUGCUGAAUAUGCCUUCCAAUUGGCCCAGGAGAUGGGACGCAAGAGAGUGACGGUUGUGCACAAGGCCAACAUCAUGAAACUGGGAGAUGGUCUCUUCCUACAGUGUUGCAGAGAGGUGGCCUCCCGCUAUCCUCAGCUCACUUUCGAAGGCAUGAUUGUGGAUAACACCACCAUGCAGUUGGUAUCUCAGCCCCAGCAAUUUGAUGUAAUGGUGAUGCCCAAUCUUUAUGGCAACAUAGUCAACAACAUCUGCACAGGGUUGGUUGGGGGAGCAGGCCUCGUGCCUGGUGCAAACUAUGGCCAUACGUACGCAGUGUUUGAAACAGCCUCAAGGCAAUCAGGCAAGAAUUUAGCCAAUAAGAAUAUGGCCAACCCUACUGCCAUGCUUCUGGCAAGCUGCAUUUUGCUGGAUUACCUCAAGCUCCACUCCUAUGCCACCUCCAUUCGCAAUGCAGUCUUGGCGUCCAUGGAGAACAAAGAUGUCCAUACUCCAGACAUCAGAGGUCAGGGUACCACAUCAGGUAUCAUUCAGAAUAUCACAACUCACAUCAGUACUGUCAAUUAAAUGGUUAUGCCUUGCAGGCUGAGCUACAUCCAAGUCCUUCUCACUCUUCACCUUAUUCUUCUCACUUAGAAACCCUAGCCUGCUUGGCUAGUGUGGACUCUGGAAUAAACUGGCUCCUGCUCCAACUCAGAAGAGGCAGGGGAAGCAAAUCAAAGCUGAUUUUUUCUGUUAAAUUAAAAUGCCAUAAAUGCCA